CUGGAAACAAUUAAGUCCUAAAUAUAAAAUUCUGAACAAGCGGAAACCAAAGAGAGUAAAGAAACUUUAAAGGCUGUCUCAGACGUCUAAUUUGUAGCUCUCCUUCUUCCCCUGGCAGUUGAUUCCCAUAGCAAUUUCUCUUAUUACUAACUAACUACUUUUGUGAAAGAGGGAGAGAGAUGCUUUCAAACAAAUACCCAUCUUCAAUGAAAUACCAUCCCCUUGAACCUCUGCAGCAGAUUGAAGAUCAACUGGGUUUAGAUAUGCCAGAGAUUUCACAGGAUCGAAUCAAGUUCCUUAAAAGGGAGUUCGGAUUUCUUGAUAUUUUCCUCAGUUUGCAGAGAUUGACAGAUCGAUGGGACAUGCUACAUGUCACACGUAAAGUGCACGCUCUAUUUCAAGAAGCUUCCGUUGACCUCAGAAAGACCAGCAAGAUCCAGCACGUCGAUCGUGUUAUCUCUCAGUUGCAAGAGAAGCUUUGGAUUACUAAGUUGGAAAUGAAAGCUGAAUACUCCUUUCCCAAAAUAGUAGCCUACAAGAACGGUAUUGCUACUGCCGAAUUCGUAAUGGAAUUCAUUGACACUGUUGUAGGGAAUCUCAGUGAUUUAAUGAAGAUCUAUGGUUCCAGUUCACUACUUUUUGUUCCGGGACCCAAGAAAGAACUCGAAGAUGUCUUGAACGAGUUGAAGUUGCAGAGAAAUUUCGUCUGCUUUCUUUCAGACAGAUGCUUAGAGCCUCAGAGUCAGCGUACUUUCUUCACUCACAUUUUAGCUGUGGCCGGCCACGCAGCAAUGCUCUCCUGGUUGUAUUUGCCAGGCCGUAGCAACGAGAAUCAAGACUUGGCCUCCGGUGAAAUGAAUGGUUUGCUAUCUGAUCUCCUGCGAACAAAGAUUAAGCUCAUCCAACCAGGCACCCGCAAGAUCUAUAUCGAGGUCCUCCAAGCAUUGAAGUCGACAAUACAAUCACGAUGGUGUGCCAAUAUCAAAAUUGAGCAUGUAGCUGAUUGUGAAGCUGGCUUUGUGGAGACUCUCCAACACAACUUGAAUGAGCUACCAAUCAUUAACAAUCCCAUUCGUAUAGCUGCUUGGAAUGAUCAGAUAGCAACCCUUCAUGAGAUGCUCAGCCUCUUUAUUACCAAUUUCAUCCGUAAUCUGUCAUUACAAGUUCUUGAUUUUCAUUUUCGAGAUAUUGACACUGUGAUGGUUGAUGUCGGACUUCUCAUUUACUCAUUAUAUGAUAACGAGGAGAAGGAAGAGGUGGUGUUGGAGAAAGCAAAUGGAGCGCUAGCUCUAGAUUUGCAGGGUACCAAUCAGCUCAUCAAGAUGCUGAUCUACCACAUAACCCGGAAGGUGUUCCAAUCUAAUUUCCGAAGUACCCAUAGAAUAAGCUAUUUUAAUUUCCUCUUAAGCAACCUGAAGGAGUUCCAAGACCGUUGUUCAGAUUCACUUGCUUUUGUCAAGAAUCAACUUCAAAUUAUUGAAAAGGAAUUGGAGAGCUUGCAACCUUUUCUAAGGUCUGUUGCUGAAGCGCAACACAAUAGGCUCAAGGCACUUCAAGAUCAUACUACACAAUUGAUUAACAAAGCAUAUGAGGUGGAAUAUGUAGUUGAUGCUGGUAUAAGCAAAGAAUUUCCUCACUCAUUUGUCGAGCAUUGGCUCCUAGAUAUCAUACAGGAGAUUACUCUUAUCAGCUCACUGGUAGCAGAGAUUCACAGAAAGAACAUGGUUGAAGAUACAAUGAAUACUGGCACAGCUCGUACAGCAUCAAAUUUGGCAAGGGCUCCAGCAAUGAUUGAAAAUAUUGAGGGUAUUGAUAAUGUCACCGAAAGGUUAAGAGACCAAUUACUAACAAAAGGAAGCAGAGGGCGAGAAAUUAUCUCAAUUGUUGGCAUGCCAGGUAUAGGCAAGACGACUGUGGCCUACAAACUCUACCGUGACAAGUUAGUUGUUUAUCACUUUGACGUGCGUGCAAUGUGUUAUGCGUCUCAAGAACAUUCACGUGAGAAGUUGUUAAUGAAGAUUCUACAUAUUCUUACUGGUAGACGCUUUGAACAUAGAAAAAUCAGUGAUGUUGAAUUAGCUGCUGAGCUUUGGAAAACAUUGUAUGGCAGAAGAUAUCUUAUCCUUCUUGAUGACGUGUGGGAAGCUAGUGUGUGGGAUGAUGUGAUAGGUUGUCUUCCAUCUACCAAAAAUGGAAGUAGAGUCAUUUUAACAACACGAAAUUAUAAAGUAGCCAAUCGUAUUAGAUCUAAAAGUGAACCCCUUCUGCUUGGGAUGUUUAAAGGAGAUGAAAGUUAGAAGCUACUAAAAAAGUACUUUGGGGAAGAAAGCUGCUCCCCUCUCCUAACAAUUAUUGGGCAAGAAAUAGCAAAAAGGUGCGGUCAGCUGCCUCUUUCGGUUAUUAUGGUAGCUGGUAUUCUGGCAGAGACGGAGAAGAAAGAAAAAUGUUUGGAACAAAUGGUCAACAAUUUAUGCCCCCACAUUCACAGACUCAAAUGUUUGCUUAUUUUGGAAGAUUCUUAGAUCAUAGUGAUUAGUGUGAUUAGUGUUUCAAAGUUAACAUAGUUAGGGGUCUCUGAAGGAAAUGUAAAAAGUUGCGAAGGCAAGAAUUUGGAGUAAAUAGCAUAAGGUUAUUUGGGGAAUCUUAUCGGAAGAAAUCUAGCGAUGGGAACUAAAAGGAGUUCUGGUGGUAAGAUCAAAGCAUGUCGGUUCAUGACCUGUCGCAUGAUUUCUGCAAGGAAAGAGCAAAGAAAGUGAAUCUUCUCACACGGAUAAGACGAGCAAAAUGCCAGUGCCUCUUCCCGUGUAUACUCUCACAAGCAACUCGCUCAUCAGUCAUCACAUGGUGAACAGUAUCGUGUUGGAUCAUGUGGUUAAUUGUUGACUCUGUAAUUUUGCACGUUUCUAAAAGUGUAGGAUUUGGGGGUCACUCUGUAUUCAUUCUUUCCCAACAGAGUAGUCUAUUUGAGGUAUUAAACUCGUAUUCAAAUUGUAGUCUAUUUAACUCUGAAUUAGACAAUUUGAUACGGAUAUUGUCA